CCUGUAAUAUCUCGUCGUCCUCGCUGGCCACGGGGCGAAGACGACGGCUCCGCCUCCUUUAGAGCCGGCACCACCCCGCGCAAGCUGAUACCAGCCAACCAUUCAUUCCACAGUCCACAGCUGCCUCCUUUCGGUCUCCACGUUUACCUUGAUCGUUCUCGAGUCGCGACCGGCCAUGGCGCGCCUCACCAUGCCGUUCCUCGUCGCGGCGGUCGUCCUCGCGCUCGCGGCCGGAGCGGCGUCGCAGGCUCCGGCGCCGGCGCCAGGGGCGGAUUGCUCGUCGGCGGUGACCGGGCUGAUCGGGUGUAUAACGUACGUGCAGCAGGGGAGCACGCAGAGCAAGCCGUCCAAGGACUGCUGCGACGGGGUGAAGGGCGCGCUCAAGAGCCCGGCCACCGUCGCGUGCCUCUGCAACGCAUUCAGCCAGAACGUCGGCAUCAUGAUCAACUUCACCCGCGCCGCAGGGCUGCCCGCCGCGUGCGGGGGCGACCCGACCGCCUUCAGCAAGUGCAACAUCAAAGUGCCCGGCGCCCCUACUGAAGGGCCUGCACCAUCUUCCGGAUCGGGACCGGCCGCCGGCUCGCCGAAGUCAACUGCAACCCGGUCUCCGAUCUCGGCAACCGUCGUCAUCGCCGCCGUGGCAGCGCCUCUGCUUUCUUACUACUACCUCUGAAGAUUUGUCGGAUGAUUUGAUGAUCUAGUUCACGAGUUACUACGAACCUUUGAUAUGUAUGCGCACUGUGCCAUGAUUGAGUGACUUCAAUUGAGAGAGACAUUUUCUGCUA